AUGUCUACCUUUGGGACGUUCUUGCGUAUUUCCACCUUUGGAGAGUCUCACGGCUCCGCUGUGGGUUGCUCCAUUGACGGACUCCCGGCUGGCUUGAGGGUCUGUAUGCAGUGCGUGCAGCAGCAACUGCAGCGGCGGCGACCUGGCGCCGCAGCGGGGUACUGUUCCAGCAGCAGAGAAGAGGCGGAUGUUUCUGAAAUACUGAGCGGCGUUGAGUUUGGGCUGACUCUAGGGUCCCCUGUGGCUCUGCUUAUAAGGAACAAAGACACCAGACGACAGGAUUACAGCAACAUCGGCAUCAGCAGCUCGCAGGGUUCAGGUGUGCUUAACUCCCUCAGUGGAGUUCCCCGACCAGGGCAUGCAGACCUCACUUAUCUGCUCAAAUAUCAAGCGGCCAGCAGCAGUGGGGGCGGCCGCAGCAGCGCAAGAGAAACAGCAGCUCGGGUUGCUGCAGGAGCAUUGGUCGAGUCUUGCUUCUUAAGACCCUUCUCCCUUUGUCGCAUCGUGGCUUUCGUCUCUUCUGUAGGAGAACAUGCUCUUCCCCACGAAGAAAUGCAGAAAUAUAGGCAAACGCCCCCCACCAGAAGAACUAUAGACACCAACGGCAGGGUACGGUUUCACUUCAAAACAAACAAGCUGCACGACGCACACGGAAACUGCUAUCCAGGUGUCUCAGCCGAGGCGCUACAACGUCUUUUGAGCAUCAAACAGCAAGGCGUCUCUCCCAGAGAUUCCUGCGAGACGAGCAAUACACCCGCAAGUGCCAGUGUGGACUCUUCUGUGAUAACCUCGGAAGCCAACGGCUCCCUUGAAGAAGACACAAGAGCUUCCUGCGAAGGGCCACCCUCGAGACUCCUCGCUGAGGGUGCCAGGAAAAAAUGUGAACUCAACGGCUCCGGAGAGGUGUGGGAUGUGCAUACCCGCUGUCCUCAUUUGGAAACGGCUGCCAAGAUGGCAAGGCUACUACUGGAGGUUAAAUCAGAAGAAGAUUCCAUUGGAGGGUCUGUAUGCUGUGUAAUUGAAAGCCCUCCAGCGGGUUUAGGCGAACCGGUGUUUGACAAACUGCCAGCUAUUUUAGCUCACGCAAUGCUGUCUAUUCCUGCAGUGAAGUCAUUUGAGGUGAUCCUGUACCCUAGACCACAAACCUUGUUUUUCACGAUGCAUAUACUCAUUGGUGGUUCAGUUGAGACGCGCGCUUGUGUGCUUCUGCAGAUCGGCAGUGGUUUCGAAUGUACCAAGAUGAGAGGCAGCGAGCACAAUGACAGACUGCAACCAAAAUCCAAGGAUAUAAGGGAAAGGGAUAGAGGAGAAUACAACUGGCCUAGGUCUGUUCCAGCGAGGAGGUGCUGCUGUUACGAAGAUCGAGGAGAAAGCGACAGCGAAUUAGACUGUACACAGAUGACCAUCACACCACAGAAGGGCAUGCAUGCAGAAGAAAUGGAGCUAAAAAAAACGAUAGAAGACGAUCGAGUAGGCAGUAUCGGAGUCACAGGGGACACCUUGCCAGAGGAUGAGACAGAUAUUUAUUUGAAGAAUCUACGGGCUUGCGCGGCGGCUGCAAAAAACCUUGAAUAUCAAACAAACAACUCGGGGGGCACCUUCGGAGGAAUCAGCACAGGUGAAAACAUCUACUUUCGCGUUGGUUUUAAAGCACCCUCCUCCAUUGGUAUGGCCCAAAUCACCGCGGACUUCAACGGCUCGAUGCGGCAGCUAAAAAUAAAAGGAAGACAUGAUCCAUGCGUUGUCGUGCGAGCGGUGCCGGUAGUGGAAUCGAUGGCCGUGCUGGCAAUGAGCGACCUCAUGCUGCAGCAAGCAGCCAGAGUCGGUGUGGCUGCUUUCAUGCAAUAUCCAGACAAAUUAAGUAAAAGACAGCAAGUCUAG